GCCGCUUUUUCGUGCUGCUCAGUAGGGGAUGAGACUGGAGACUGACGAGGACCAUCUGCAUCCGAGCCAUCUAUUGUGAAAAUAGACUGCUCAGUGUGUGCUUGUUCAGAACACAGUGUCCGGGGGGGGCUGCUUUGGUCGAGGCGCGGCUCCUCCUCGAUUGUCUUUUUAUCAGUUCUGCUGGGUGACAAACAGAUGGACAAGAUGAACCACAGCUCAGCUGAAGCGGAGCCUGAAACCAUAGAACCGCUGCGGUACCUCAGUAAAGGCGAGGCGAGCGCCAUCGAGACAGAACUCGUGCGGGACUACAGGUUUGGACAACAGCAGCUCAUCGAGAUCUGGGGACACGCCUGCGCGCUGGCCAUCUCGAAGGCCUACCCUCUCAACUCUUUAGUGAAGAAGCAGCCAACAGUGCUGGUGAUCUGUGGGCCAGAGCAGAACGGCUCCAUUGGCCUGGUGUGUGCGCGACACCUGCGCAUGUUUGAAUAUGAACCCACCAUCUACCACCCAAAGCGAUCCCCUCACAGUCUGCAUCAGGAUUUCACGGUUCAGUGCGAGAAGAUGGACAUCCCUUUUCUCUCCUACCUCCCCACAGAGGUCCAGCUCAUAAACGACGCCUACAACCUGGUGAUUGACGCCAUGCUGGGCCCCGAGGACGAUGUCGUCGACAUAAAAGAGCCCUACGCUGGGAUUCUGGUCACCCUCAAGCAGGUCAAGAUCCCCAUAGCAAGUGUGGACGUGCCCUCAGGUUGGGAUGUCGAAGAGGCGGGUCAAGACGGGAUAAGCCCGGAAGUGCUCAUCUCUCUGACGGCACCAAAGAAGUGCGCCAUGAGUUUCUCGGGAAAGCAUUUCCUAGCUGGACGCUUCCUGCCUUACGAUAUCCAGAAAAAAUACGACCUGAAUCUCCCGGAUUACCCGGGCACAGACUCUCUCAUUGAACUGUAACGCGGAGGGGGUGGGAAAUAUUUUGACAGCGUCUCUUGUUUUGCAUCUUCCAGAUGAGAAACAAUCAUGUCUCAGUCGUGUCUUUCGGGCCUUCGUCGCAUUUGCUGUACGGUGACAGUAGGAGGAUUUAGAACCUGUGACCUGGUGUCUUUUUAGAGAGAAGCGUGAGAUGUUUCUAUGUCAGUCUCCAAAUAGGAACUGUAGCAUUAUACAUGUUGGAUCUAUUGAACAAAAGAGUUUUAUUUGACUGAACUUUUUCUUGUUUGAUACCGAAGCCUGCAACUGUUUCAUUUUCUGUUUGCACUAAAGCAAUAUGUUGGUUUUCUUCUUUUGCUUUGACAAAAACUGUUCUUGUUGUCUAAAUAUUAAAAAUAUCAAUUUAAACAUU